CUGCUUCAGCUGCUCCCCUGCCUUCCAUUCCUCACCAAGCAAGUUACCACUCCACCUGCCCAAUGCUGCUCCAAUGUCAAGCUGUUGAACGACGAGGCCAACACCGCCGCGAUUCGUCAGCAGCUCUGCAAGUGCUUCAAGCCUGCUGCAAUCUCCUAUCAUGUCGACCCUGCAGUCGCCAAGGCCCUCCCUGGCUUGUGCAGAGUCAGUGUCCCCGUCCCCAUCGAUCCCAAGAUCGACUGCAACACGAUUUCCUAGAUGUGAAAUAUGGAUGAAGUUGUGGAGCCAUGGAAGGCGAUGGGCAUCCAUGGAUCUUGGACCAGAGUUUGCUAUGCAAAUUCUUGAGAUGGCGUUGAUGAUGAUACAUAAAUUAAAACACAGUUCUUCGAUGGUUGAUUAGUGGAGACGCAGGGAAAGGAAGUCGGAAUAAAUAGAUAGCUUGCUUAAUUAAUUAAUAAAGACACAAAGUUGUGUUUAUAUUAUGUGUUUCUUUUUUUACAAUCGUUUUGCAAUGUCUUCACCUUCAUCUUAACAAAAUUAAUUUGCAAUGUACUCUAUGUAUCACUCCAAGUGUGGGU